UUAAGGCGCCAAUUUUGUGUCGUCGUUGAAGUCUGUACACCCAUGGUUGAGGUUGAAGUCGUGUUUCUGUGUUCGGCCUGUUUUUAAUCGGCUCUAAAAUGUCUGAAAACACCUUCCCUGUCUACACUGCGGACGCAAUAGUGAACUUUUACCGAACGGAAGUUCUCACCGGGCAAGAGGCCAAACACUUCACCAAGAGCGACCUGACUCCUGCUCCAAAGCCAGAGACAGUUCAGACGCUGUACAUGAGAGUGCUGCAUCUCCUGUAUCGGUUCAGACCCGAGUGUCACUCCAUGCUUCCACUGUUGGAGAACAUUCAGUACCCAGUGUAUCAUGAGGGAGCCACUGCUAUCAUUAGCGUCUACAUGCGCCUGCGGCAGUUUCUGCCUAUGUGCUUCGUGUACGAUUUUUCACUGAACGACCUUUUAGCUCCAAAAAAACAGAAGACUCUGACUAUUCUAAGUGCCAUCAUGAACUUCCUUCACUUCAGGAAGCAGAGGAUGGACAUGAUCUUGGAGAAGCAGGCCAAAUUUAGGGCAGACAUGGACCGGCUGCAGGCUUACACCAAAGGAAACUUAGAGGCAGAGAAGAAGAUUGAGAUCCUGACGACCAUCCCACCAGAGCAGCAGGCGGAGGCCGACGAGCUGGCGGCUGCUCUCUCUGAGCUGCAGGCCACUACCAUGCACGAAUACCAGGAAGUGAACGCUAGAAAUGACAACAUCGCAGAGUGGAAAACCACCAUCGCAGAGAAGACUCAGAAACUGGCCCAGGUGAAGGUGUCCUUCAGCAACGUGAAGGAAGAAAUCAGCAAACUCAAAUCUCAGAUUGUGGAGUCCCCAGAGGAGCUGAAGAGCCAGAUGGAGAAGAUGAGGGAGAACCUGAAGAACAUCAAGCUGUCCAUCGCAGAAACAGAUGAGCGCGUGGUGGAGCUGCAGAACAUGGUGCAGGGUGUGACUCACAACCAGACGGAGAUGCAGCAGAUCUACAACCUGCUGCAGGACCUGGAGAGCAGCAUGAACACCACCAAGCAGCGGCAGGAGGAGCACCAGGAGCUGAUGGCGCAGUAUGAGAAGAAGCAGAAGGAGCUGAAGAACCUGUGCAUCGAGGAAGGCCACAUGAAGCGAGCUCUGGGCAUGAAGCUGGACAAAGAGUCCAAACAGAACAUCCGCCGGCAGAAGAAGAGAGAGAUGAAGGAGCAGCACGUUCAAGAAGUGUUGGGGCAGUGUAACCAAAUCCAGCAGAAGCGCGAGGAGAUGGCCGACAAAAUCCAAGAGAUCUCCAGAGAGACGCAGCAGCUGAAGGCCGAGAUCCAGAGCCUGAGAGACGUCUGCAGCAAGGAGACGGAGAAAGCUCAGGCUCUGUACGACACCCUGUUGACUUCAAUGGACAAGCUGCACACGAGAAUCGAGACGCACGUCGUGGACCUGAAACGUGAUGUCACCAAGAUGUCUGCAAACUUUUAAACACAUAAUUUUACAUUCUAUUACUGUGGUGUUACUUCUCUGUUCUGUGUUUUUACUGUUGUACUGUGUUGCCUUUUUCACCUUUCCUAUUUAAAAGCUGUAUAUUAACAAAAGGAACCGCUCGUCGCCAUCUCAUUGUGUAGCUCUGGUUUCAGAAGCUAUAUGUUCACAUUGUUGCACUAGUGUGGCCCAGAGAUCAUACAUUUGUUCUGUGAUCAGCCAUGACUGAACCUGCUUCCACAAACCUCCUCACUGCUCCACCCUCUCUGUGGUUCCUACUGAAGACAAAUCUGUAAAAAUGUGCCGAAAUGCUUAGUUUUUUUGUUUUCAAGGCUUCUUCUGUUGAGGAACAGCUGAGGAAGAAAGAGGACUGAAUUCUAGCUUAGUUUGCAAGAGAAAAGUUUUUUUCUUACUCCUUUUCCUUCUACAUCCCAAAACUAAAAUGUAUGUAAAGGCCCAUAGCAGUGGCUUUGUAUGUUUAACUUUCCAUCACAGCAGCCCAUUUGACUAACCAUGGUGCAGUGUUUUAUAAAUGGAUUGGUCCACUACUCUUUUGUAGUUUUAUAAUCCAACACUAUGAUGGUCUGUGUUCAUUUCCAUAAUUGUUUGAAGGUAAUGCAGUUUAGACUCUUCAGUCUGAACUUAAACUGCAGUAGCCACACAAUGUAACAUGUAGUCUACAAACAUGAGGGUAGAUUAGAAAUAUGCUGUCAUAGGUUAUGCAGCAGGUUUCAGUUGCUUAGGGUUGAGCAAGUAGUACCAUCAGAGUCAAAUGUGUCAAUUUCUGUGCUUGUAAAUAUAGCAAAUAAAAACAAACCUUGUUCUGUAAAUAGUUUUCUAAUAAAUAUAGCAAAUUCUGAUCAACCA